ACUCCAUCAGGCCCCGCCCCUCCAUCUGGCCACGCCCCGGCGGACAGCGAGCAGGAAGCUUUGGAGGCUCCGCAGGCGCGGCGUUCGGAAAGCCAGAGCAGCCGAGUCCCACGUAAACAGCUGUGAGGACUACUUCCUGCCACCCGCAGACCCGGCCUUUAGGCUGCCCGAGGCUAAUGAACCCCAUGCACCCCGUAAAACCCGCCCUGCCCCCCACACCGCACGGUGAUGGUCCAUUUGCUUAUGAACCGGUGCCUUGGCAGCAGAGCGCCACUCAGCCAGCAGGGUCGCUGUCUGUCGUCACGACCGUGUGGGGCGUCGGCAACGCGGCACAGAGUCAGGUUUUGGGGAACCCCAUGGGCCCUGCAGGGAGCCCCCCCGGCAGCUCUAUAAUGCCUGGCGUGGCAGGUGGUGGCCCUGCCCUGAACUCCCCACAGUGCCUCGGACAGCAGGCGUUUGGCGAGGGCGCUGCCAGCAAGGGCUUCGUGCAGCAAGGAGUGUAUGGCCGCGGGGGCUACCCAGGGGGCCCUGGCUUCACGGCUGGGUAUGCGGGCGGCCCGGGGGGGCCAGGGGGCCUGGGUCUGCCCUCACAUGCCACACGACCCUCCACCGAUUUUACUCAGGCUGCAGCAGCAGCUGCAGUGGCUGCUGCUGCGGCCACCGCCACGGCCACCGCCACGGCCACCGUGGCUGCCCUCCAGGAGAAGCAGAGCCAGGAGCUGAGCCAGUACGGAGCGAUGGGGGCCGGGCAGGCUUUUAACAGCCAGUUCCUGCAGCACGGAGGUCCCCGGGGGCCCAGCGUCCCUGGCAGCAUGAACCCCACCAGCGUGGGAGGGCUGCUGGGCCCCUCUGGCAUGAACCCCAUGGGCAUGAACCCCACCCGGGCAGCAGGCAUGGCACCCCUCUAUGCAGGGCAGCGCCUGCCCCAGCAUGGGUACCCUGGGCCUCCCCAGGCCCAGCCACUGCCCCGACAGGGGGUCAAGAGAGCCUACUCCAGCGAGGUUUAUCCAGGACAGCAGUACCUGCCAGGAAGCCAGUACGGACCCAGUGCCACCCAGUACACAUCCGGUGCCGGGCCGCCCCCUGCCCCAUCCUCCUACCCUGGGCACCGGCUGCCCCUGCAGCAGGGUGUGGGCCAGUCCCUGUCCGCCUCUGGCCCAGCAGGACUGCACUACAAGCCCACAGAGCAGUUCAACGGGCAGGGUGCCAACUUCAACGGGGGAAGCGUCAGCUACAGCCAGCCCGGCCUGAGUGGGCCCACCCGUUCCAUCCCUGGCUACCCCAGCUCCCCACUGCCUGGGAGCCCUACGCCACCCAUGACCCCCAGCAGCAGCGUCCCCUACAUGUCCACCAGCCAGGAGGUCAAAUCGCCCUUCCUGCCGGACCUCAAGCCCAGCGUGAGCUCCUUGCACCCAUCACCCCCCAGCAGCGGCCAGGGUGACGAGCUGCGGCUGACCUUCCCGGUGCGGGACGGGGUAGUGCUGGAGCCCUUCCGCCUGCAGCACAACCUGGCUGUGAGCAACCACGCGUUCCAGCUCCGGGACUCUGUCUACAAGACCUUGAUGCUGAGGCCAGACCUGGAGCUGCAGUUCAAGUGCUAUCACCAUGAGGACCGGCAGACCAACACCAACUGGCCGGCGUCGGUGCAGGUCAGCGUCAACGCCACCCCGCUCACCAUCGAGCGCGGCGACAACAAGACUUCCCACAAGCCGCUGUACCUGAAGCACGUGUGCCAGCCGGGCCGCAACACCAUCCAGAUCACGGUCACAGCCUGCUGCUGCUCCCACCUGUUCGUGCUGCAGCUGGUGCACCGGCCGUCCGUCCGCUCGGUGCUGCAGGGCCUCCUCAGGAAGCGCCUCCUGCCCGCGGAGCACUGUAUCACCAAGAUAAAACGCAACUUCAGCAGCGGCACCGUCCCUGGCACCCCUGGGCCCAACGGUGAGGACGGGGUGGAGCAGACAGCCAUCAAGGUGUCCCUCAGGUGCCCCAUCACAUUCCGCAGGAUCCAGCUCCCCGCCCGAGGCCAUGACUGUCGCCACAUACAGGUGGGUGGUCCAGAACUUGUGACGUGCAGCGGUUUCCCGCGGACCCUCCACCAGCAGGUGACCAGCCAGCGGUGUUUCGACCUGGAGUCCUACCUGCAGCUCAACUGUGAGCGGGGGACCUGGCGGUGCCCUGUGUGCAACAAGACGGCGCUGCUGGAGGGCCUGCAGGUGGACCAGUAUGUGCUGGGUGUCCUCGUUCACAUUCAGAAUUCUGACUACGAGGAGAUCACCAUCGACCCCACGUGCAGCUGGAAGCCGGUGCCCGUAAAGCCCGACGUUCACGUCAAGGAAGAGCCGGACGGGCCAGUGCUGAAGCGCUGUCGCACCGUGAGCCCCGCACACAUGCUCAUGCCCAGCGUGAUGGAGAUGAUAGCAGCCCUGGGCCCCGCCGCCGCCCCCUUCGCCCCCCUGCAGCCCCCCUCGGCCCCGGCCCCAGCCCCAGCCCCUGGUGACUACCCCGGCCAGGGUUCCAGCUUCCUGGGACCCGGGACCUUCCCUGAGUCCUUCCCGCCUGCCACGCCCAGCACCCCGGCCCUUCCUGAGUUCACCCCGGGGCCACCCCCCAGCUCCUACCAGUCCGACAUUCCUAGCAGCCUCCUGACACCUGAGAAGUCUGUUCCCUGCCUCCCAGGCCAGAUGCCACCAGCGGGUCACCUGGACCCUGCCCACAACCCAGGGGCUCCAGGGCUGCUCGCCCCCAGCCUUGGAGGGGCCCCAGGGCCCCAGCUGCACCAUCCAAACCCUCCCCCAGCAUCCCGGCAGCCCCUGGGCCCAGUGAGCUCAGGCCCCAUCGGCGAGCUGGCCUUCAGCACUGCCACAGGCGUGAUGGGGCCCCCCAUGUCUGGGGCGGGGGAGGCCCCGGAACCAGCCCUGGACCUGCUCCCAGAACUGACCAACCCCGAGGAACUGCUGUCCUACCUUGGCCCACCUGACCUCCCCACAAACAACAAUGACGACCUUCUCUCUCUCUUCGAGAACAACUGAUCCUGUCGCCCCCGCCCAGCUGGCGGGGACACACCCGCAGAUGCCACCACACCCUGCCCCAGCCACCUGCCCACCACCCCCCUCGGACCGUGGAGGCAGCUGCGCUGGGUGGGAGGGGACCUCAGACACCCCGCCCCCGCCCAGCUCAGCCCCACCCCAUCCACCACCUGCUGCCCCCGACCCCAGCUGGGCCCCGUCCAUACACACCUGUGUCCCCAACCUCACCCCCGGACCCAGCUCCGCCUGCUCCCACCAGCCUGCAUCUUGUCCAGCGUUGACCCUUCUGUUGCAGUGACCCUGUGGCUCCCUGGCAAGGAGCAGGGCGGCCCUGUCCUGAGCCUGAGCUCGCAGUGGGAGCGGUCCGUCUUCCCACCCAAGCCUCAGGCCAGGGCCAUGGGGUAGGAGGUCCAAAGCACAACAGUGUACAUAGUGUAGAAACACUAAGAGCUCUGGGCAAGCAGCCGGGAGCCCACGGGCUCCUGCCCCUCCUGGGUGCAGACAGUGGGGCAGAUGGCCGUGAGCUUCGGUCUCCCGGGGGUGGGUGCCCAGACCCAGCUCUGUGUACAGACUCCAGCGGGCUGCCCGAGUACCCCUUUUCCGUGAACGUGAAGAAUUGGUCCCGCUGUGUUUUUUAAAACUGCCUCUCCCGCGUCCACCCCGGGGCCAGGCCGGGUGGGGGAGGGGGGGCCAGUCGUGUCCCCUGUCUGCCAGUCUCUAUUAAAGGACUCCCUCAAGGUG